AUGUUGGACAUCGAUAAAUCAAUAACAUGGUCUGAUUUGAAUUUAAUUCUCAUAAAUGGAUUCGAGCUGGAAAUUUUUGAUCAGUGUAUAAAGCAUAUUGGGGAUCAUGUACAGAAUAAGUUAAAUAAAUAUUCUAUUGUUAUGGAAUAUGCUAAUGAAAGUGAUUUAAGAAUAAGAAUGUAUUUUUCAAAACGGAAUAAAAUCUUUGAACAAAAGGAUUACAAUAUUUGCAUUAAGAAAAUAAUACAUAAAGGGAAAGCAAAACUUACAGAUUUUGGAUAUUCAAUAAGUUUAGGGGUUUUACUAUGGGAGUUAUCAAGCGGUAAAGCUCCUCAUGAAAAUCAAUAUGAUCAUUUAAUAAAUUAUAAAAUUUUGCUAGGAGAUAGGGAUAAAAGGCAGAUACUCCUGAUGAAUGAAUACGAAUUAUAUAAUAAAUUUUGGGAUAAAGAGCAUGAUAAUGAUAAAUACUUUUCACUUUCAUUGCCAGAUACAAUUGAUUCCUCAACAAUUUUACCAUCAAAUACUUCAUUAAUUAUGAAUCCACCGGAAUUGGAAAAAAGUAUUAAUGCUGAUGAGGAAUAA